GGAACUCCUAACUGCAGCCGCCAUUCCUCGAGAGGUAGCGUACCUGUCUGGGGGCAGGCUUCUCCGUCCGCUGAUAACACGAGGCACAGGUAGCCAAGAAAACCUCUCUUUUAUCACAGAAAUAUCUCCAGAAUGUAAAACACGCCACCCUUGGUGCUACAGAUAGAUGUCGGGACUGUUAGACCGAGGCUGGUGUAUCCAGAACCGGCGUUGAGCCCUGCGGUGAGCCGUUCCGGUGGUGUGCCUACCCCUUACAUCCGGGUUCUUCUGAGGAGACGAGAACAUUCUUAAAGUUGUCUAACUGCGUCAUGAGAAGAUGAAGCGAAUAUGCAUAUCUAAAAAUAUUCCUGUGAUAUAUUUGGCUUGCUGGCGGCAGACGCUGCCUUGAGGAGUAUGACGCUCUGAAACUCUCGUUUCACAGGAAUGGAUGCGGUUCAAGCAUCUCAGUUUGGAGAACGACUGACGUCAUGUCUCCUGGCAACCUACAAGCGCCACCGGGAGUCACGUGAUGGGAGAUCAUGUGACCUGGAAAGACAAUUACCACUUCGAGAACCAUUUUUCCAAAUAAAAAGAGUUCCCAGGUUUAAAGUGCGGAAUGAUCUGCACACGUCACUCUGGCCUGCGUACUACCCGCUGACAAGACUUGAAACAGCGUCGAUCGACGACCUGGUUUACCCUCGACCAUCCCGGAGCGUGAGCGUUCUGGUUGAGGGGGAUAUCGGUGUUGGCAAGACAACCAUCUGUCAACGUCUUCUGCAGCUCUGGGAGGUCAAGGUCGCAUGUCAACAGACGCAGUGCAUGAAGGCCACGUGUAGUUCUAAUGUCAAGGACGUUUAUCUGCCGAAUUUAAAGACACCGCUUUACCUUGAUUGUUCCAACGUUACGGAGGGCUCCUUCUCAUCGCUGAUGGACAGCAAGAGCCACAUCCGGUUCAUUGUGAAGACAGUGAAGGCCUUGUUAGGAGAGCAAGGAUCCGAGUUCGAGACGAAUGAUAUGAGUGACUGGCUGACUAGCUACUCUGGGGACGUUGAAGUGUACUUUGACAAUGUUCCAGUGUGUUCUGGACUGAUCAAGGUGAUUGAAUCAACUCUAGACUCCCACAAGACGGCGUUCGGACGUGUAAUGGUAUUCACCGGGCCAAGUGUGAUGCAGAAACAUCGCUUCGACAACCUGUUCUACUGCUACGGAAUUAAUCCGGAUUAUGGCUCUCGAAUUCUUACGAGGCGUUUGCAGAAGAUGUGUGAAUUUCCUGAGAACAAAGUAUCAAGUGUAGAUCAAGUCAAGAUGGUUGAUCUUCAAGGCGAACUCUUCCGAAACCCCCUAAUAAGUUCUCUUCUUGCUGAUUUCUGUAAAACCGGAUAUGACGUCAUCCCUAACAACAAAACGGACUUGAUCCAGUGUCUCCUUCACCACAGCUUCCGGUCGUUAGAUGGCAUGUUACAGGAGAAGGGAUCAGGUAGUGAUUUGGAGCGGAUUAUCGUGUGUUUACGCCAGCAAGCAUAUGAAGGGUUGUACAGAGGGACUCACUAUUUCAACAAGUCCGUUCUCGCCGAUUCCGUUCAAUUCCUUCACCUUUGUGAGCUGAGAAUAAUCCGGGACAUUCACGAGACUGGUGAUCCGAACGAAUCCACUUCCAACAGUGAUAUGUUCGCCUACAGCUCCAGAGGUUUCCGCGACUUCCUGGCCUCUGCGCAUGUCUGUCAUCUGUUGGUAAAUCCUACAAUCUCGGAAAGUCUCCUACCAAAUCUCCUACAAGACCGUGUGUUCGAGAGUCUGUGUGGGUACUGCUGUCGACAGCUCAGUGUAUCCGGUCACAUCGCGGUCCUCAAGACACUAGUGGAAACAAUGAUGGACAGGUCCAAACAGCAGUAUGUGACAAUGCUGGGUCACGAUCAGCUCGUGACACGUGGUACCCUCUGUGACAUUAGCAGAGUUCUGGUGUGUCUCAGACAAACCGAUUUUCAAGAAGAUGUGUGCAAAUUAGUAGCCCAAAAUUUUCCAACAAUUUUAGAAUUUUCUUUAGAGGACAGCGUUUGUUCAGUGCUUCAGGAUUUGAUUCACAUGAUGUCGCGUUACGAACUCUCAACGCAUGGAAUCGUUUUCCACAUGGACAAAAUGUUUACACAGUCCAGCCUCGGUAUCAGUCUGGCACGUGCUCUGAAUUGUAUGACAUCUUUAACAACGUUGAUGCUGCGGGCGACUUUUGUUGCCGAUACGUCGUUUCUGGUACAUUUCCUCUGUGAGACAUUCCAAGGUAACACCCAUGUGAAGAACUUCACUUUAGGAGGGCCUUUUAAUUCGGCCGAGAAUCUUUCCCACGCGUUACACAGACGAGUGGCCUCGACAUUCACAUCCACCAUAGCCCUUAAAACACUAACAAUAGAAAACUGUAGCCAUAUGCAUCGGAUUGCCUAUGUAAUUGGAUGUUGGCCAAACAUCUUCCAAAGACUCGAGGUCAGGAGGUGUAACCUUGAAGCAGCUGGGUCAGAGGUCAUCAUCAAACUGAAAGGUCAGAGUGACUUUUAUCAUCUCCGAUUAGAAAACUGCUACAUUCCGAGUGCAAAGUUACACGAUGUCCUGAAGUGCGCUCAAAUGUGCAAGAAGUUGCAAGUACUGAGCCUUAAUCUUCUAUCGGCUAAAAAAAACUUUUCUGUAAUGGAUACCCAUCGAGGGACCUUUCUUCCCGCCAUUGAUGCCAGGGCAUGCUCCCUUCUGCAUGAGCUGAUUGUCUCAAGCCCACUUCUCGAGGAAGUCACGGUAUGUCACGCCGGACUUGAUGACGUCAAAGCAGGUGUUAUAAUAGGAGCAGUGUUGCAGAGCGUGUCUCUGAAGGUGGUGGACCUCAGCGGAAACCUCAUAACGGAUGACGUCACGAAAGAUGUGAUUGACGUCAUUAAAACCGUGAAAACGUUGAGGGGUCUUAUGUUAAACAACAACUCUUUCACUCCAGAGGGUCGAAAGAGCGUUGUUCGCGCGACCAGUGACGUUAUGGACCUCAAGCUUAGCAUGUGAAGGGUUAUAUUCUUACAGGUCUUCAGUGAGCAGAAUCACCGUCCUACGUAACGUUUCUGGUAUCUUUGCCACCGGUCAGAGAUAUGUGACGAUUCACAAUAUUUAACCCCAGUCUACAAAUUACACAGUCAUGUUUUUCAUAGAUUAUAUUUUUGAAUAGCCUACUAAAACAGAUAAACGUGUAAUAAAAUGUUUAAAUCUUUGUGCCAAAUUAUCCCAAAACGUGAAAAACGAUUCCAGCUGCUUAUCUAUCCUUGUUUGAAAUAGUUUUAUGGUUUCACGUGCCGACAUCAAAGCCCGACGGAGAGCUAGAGAUGCUGUAACUAGAAUAUGUAUUAAUAGGCUGUCGUAGUUGUACCAGAAUAUUUCAUACUUGUGCACAACAAUCUAUAAAUAGCACUGAAAGACUCUUAGCUCGACUCAUUUGACUUCAGAAAACAAACUAACAAACUGAAGAAAAGUCGAGUCACGUGAUAUGCAAAUUAACUUGCGGCA